ACUCUCUGCUGGAGCUUUUGAACGUCACACCCAACCUGCAUCCCUGCCUGGAUCAGCCGCUCUGCUGCUUCUCUUCAGCGUCAAAGUGAAAAGAAAAGAUGGGGAAAAUAAACGGAUGCCUCAAGUGCCUUUUUAUCUUCUUCAAUGUGCUGUUUCUAAUCGUCGGAUGUGUGCUGAUAUUCGUGGCAGUGAAGGCCACUGCUAUUUCAAUCCAGAUGUCUGCAUUCGGCGGCCCGGGCGUGGGCUGGAUCUGGGUCAUCACCCUCGGCGUCUUCGGCAUCUCCGCUCUGGGAAUCUUCGCCGCCUGCUCAGAGAAGGAGCUUUUCCUCAAAAUAUUUGCAGGUUUCAUGGGGAUUGGGAUGAUCAUCAUGCUAAUCUUUGGGACGGUCGUGGCUGUUUUGAGAAACUCGCUGAAACAAAACUAUGAGAGUAAAUCCAAAGAAUUUGCCGAGCCUCUCAUGAAAGAUGAACAGUCACGGCAAGUCCUCGAGACCAUCCAGAUGGCUUUCAAGUGCUGCGGCGUGGUUAGCGCUAAGGACUGGGGAACAGAAAUGCCAGCCUCCUGUGAAUGCACCGACACCAGCGGACCGUUUAGGACCGCAACCUGCAAACCCAAACCUGCGGGAUCCUCAGGACCGGCUCUGAUCUACGCUGAGGUAUUAAUUCAGAUUAUCAACAACAUUCUGCUCAUGUUGGCUGUCACUGCUGCCCUGAGCCGCCGGAGGUCCCGGCCCCUGGGUCAAGCUGUCACCGCUGCCCUGUGCCGCCGGAGGUCCCGGCCCCUGGGUCAAGCCGUCACCGCUGCCCUAAGCCGCCGGAGGUCCCGGCCCCUGGGCACCGUCCUCCGCUGCCUCUGGUCCCUGCGCCGAGGCAGCAUACCUCUCGGCUGCUGCAGUUCCCUGUGCCCUAUGGUGGUGAGCAGCCUCCUGAGUUCCCCGUAA